AUGAACAGCUACUACGAAAUUAAUCUUGUUGCACCUGAUCAUAAAGUCAAGGCAUUGAAAGAAGUUCCAUACAAUUCCAAGAGAAGUUCCACUACAAAGAAGAUAUCCCUACAGAAUGAUAGGACUAAUACGAUUGUUCAACCUGAAGACCAUGAUUUCUUUCCAAUGAGAGCUAAGACAGAGGCAUUAAUGGUAGUAGAAAACACUGGUUCAGAGGUUAAUCCAACAUGGGGUAGGGAUUACAGAACACAAGCUUAUUCACUUAUGGAUGAUCCGAUGAACUUGGGAAGACGAUCAACUUCGAAUUAUAUGCGCUUGAGGCGGAACCAAGAGAGUACAAGUGAAGCAGUGAAUGCAUACUAUUCAGCAGCUUUAAUGGGGUUAGCAUAUAGAGAUACCCAUCUUGUUGCUGCAUGUUCAUUACUUGCUACAUUGGAAAUUUACAUAGCUCAUAUAUGGUGGCAAGUAAAAAAUAGAAGUGGAAAUACUUUGUUGUCAAAAUAUGCCUUCAAACAUCAAGUUACAGACAACCCAUGCACAAUCAUGGAUAAACAACUGGUAAAAGCUAUUGUUGUAGAGGAGGUAGUGCUGGAUAGAGUCGAAUCUUCGAUAAAAGGAGUGGCAGCUACUGUAAAAAACGAGAGGGGGUAG